AUGUCCACCGUGGAUCCAGCGGAUCUACGACGUGAAGCGCGGGCGCGGAAGCAGGCGCAAGAAGAUGCCAUCCGGCAUGCCAAGGCGCUCACGUCUGACGGCACGUAUGAUCCAUGCGACGCGGCGGUCGUUCAGGCGCGGCAGGCACUGCGUACGGUCUACAUGGCCCUAUUGAUGACGUGUACAUUCACGCGUGCAGCCCAGCUCGUGGAUAUCAUGAUCUGGCAUGACACGACGUACCAUGUCAUUUCAUACCUUCGUGCGAGGAUCGUCCACGCUGAGCAGCAGGUGACGAAUGCGCCCCGUGGCAAGGGCCGCGCACCCAAACGCGAGCGCAAGAGUGCCAAGGCGUCGGACCACAAGAGGCUCCAGCAGCAGCUCUUGCAGUUUAUCGACGAGGAAGUGGCGUACUAUGCAGAUACCAUUGCAUGUCUCGUGCAGCGGUAUGCGCUCGACGAGACGUGCAGCGUGCUCUCGGCGCUGGCCAUCCAGAUCCAGCCUCAGCACGAGGCGACGCUCGCCGAGUCGGCCCGUGUGCCGGCUCAUCGGCACCAGCUGUACGAAAUCAUACAGCGGCUCCUUACGUGCAUGGGCGACUUGCACCGCUACCGUGAACUGCACUCGGCGGUGCCUGACCGACACCAUCGGGUCUUCUUCCACUUUACACGCGCCGUGCUCUUUUACCACCAGGCCCACGUCCUCCUUCCCGACCAUGGCAAUCCAUCGAAUCAGCUAGCAGUCGUUGCCACCACUGUGGGCGAUUCGUUCGGCGCGGUGUAUCAGUACUACCGGGCGCUGUGCGUGCGUGUGCCCUUUGAUAACGCGCGCCAUAACCUGCAGCGCAUGUUGGAAAAGGCCCUCCAUGCAUGGUCAUCGAGUGCGCGGCGAGACGAUGUGCUCGUAGCAUGGCGUCAGGCUGCGCUGGAAGAUUGUCCUGCGCGCCGAGUGCCUGUGCCGUCGAUCAGCGCUCGGUGGGACUCGACGCACGACUACUUUGACUCGUUGGUGGCUUUCCACAGUCUGUGCUUUCUGCGCGCCGACUUGGAUACGGCCUGCGUCCUCCAUGAUGCGAUUCUACGUCACAUGCUCAUGGCAGUCGAUAUGCAUGAGCUGCGUGCCGUCGACUAUCUGCGCAUUCUCGUGACCGGCCUGUGCGCUUCGUGGACGACGCGGCUGUGCCCGGCGCCGCUGCACGAACGUCUGCCGUUUUCGCUCGGCGCGCCCUACUCGGCGCACAUGGACGCGGACGUCCUUGCCGAGCAUGUGCGCGCGGCGUGGGGCACGCUGCUGGUGUGCCACGUCCUGGGUAUGUUGACGGCGCUCCUGGCCGUCAUCCGGCACGAGCUCAUGAGUCUGCUGCGGGACAGGCGGCCUGAUAGCGAGGCCGGGCCGAUGGACAUGGGCCGCAUCCUGCGCCGUACGCUGCCGUCUGUGCGCAUCGGCCUCAAGUGGGUCAGGGGCCACGUCGACUACAUGGCCUCGUGCCGGGCGCAGGCAGCGCAGGCGGCCGAGGAGCUGCAGCAGGCCGUCGACCAGCAGAAAACGCCCUCGAGUCUAGCGACGGAUGCCGUCGCGCGACUGGCGUGUGUGCAGCGCAGUGUCGAGGCGCGCAUGUCCUCGUUUUGGAGUGCGCUCAUCGACUUUGGCAACCUCUUGCAGGCGGCCUAUCCACCCAGCGUGCUUCCCGUGGCGCCCGAGGCCUCCAUCUUCAUCGAGGAGGACGUCGACCUGCAGUUUCUCGGUCCGAUCCGCCGCGUCAUGCACCCGACGGAGGCGUCGCCGUAUGCGCUGCCUGACUUGGCGCCGCUGCCGAGUGCGCACGCCGACUAUGCGCGGGUUCUGGACGUCGAGCGAGACAUUCGGGGCAUGGCCACCUCGGAAGCGUGCGGCCUCGUGUACGACGAAGCACGGGCGAUGUUCGUGUCGCGUGCCGCGCCGGUCGAGGCGGACGACCCGAUUGAGCUCGCGAUGCGGGCGAUGGACGUGCACAUGGAUCACGCCUGGUCGCAGAGCAAGCCGGCGCAGGAUGCGCCCGCAUGGCCUUCGUCUACGUGGACGGAUCCGUGGACGACAUCGAACUCGAUUUGGACGACGUGGCCAAGCUAA